AGCCAAACAAGUUCAGUAAAAAGGUCCACGCCUUCGAUGGCCGCACUAAGUGAGUGGGAGGUAAAGAUGGAGGCGGAGGAGGGCAGCAUCUCAGUGUGGGUGUGCAGGGAGGAGAAGAUCGUCGUGGCUUUGAACAAACGCACAACUUGCUCCGAUGUGCUCAAAGUCCUGCUGGAAGAUCCAAACAUCCCCACGCGUCGCUGCUACUUCAUCGUGGAAACAUGGAGGAGCUGCCGGAGGAUUCUGCCCAACAAAACCCGGAUCUGGCGCCUGUGGACGGCGUGGGGCGAGGAGCGCGACCAGGUGAGCUUCACGCUGGCUGACAGCGGCGUGUUUGUGGAGAAGCGCGCGGCCAGGAGCACGGAGGCGCGCAUGGUGCUGCUCGGCGGGCCCGCAGUGUCCGCGUGGAGCCCGGCGGGCCCUCGCGUGGAGGAGCAUCUCCCUCCUGACACGCAGCGGCGCGUCGUCAGGAAAGCCUUGAGAAAAGUGGAGAAGAUGCAGCAGAAGAAGCGCAGGGACGCCUCGGCCUCGUCCGAGAAGAUGCAGAAGUGGUCUCGUCGCGUGGACUCCCAGGACAGCAGCAUCCGCCUGCAGGCGCGCAGGAUCCACCACCUGGACGCUGACAUCGAGAGGCAUGAAGCCAGAGUGCACGUGGACAGAAGCAGAAGUCAUGGCGUCAAUUACGUGCAGGACACCUACUUGUCAGAGGAGGACGCAGUAGCAGCUUCCGGCCAGCAGGUGUGCUCUCUGGAGGGCUUCCUGCAGCUGUGUGCGCACCUGGUGAGGCUGCAGGAGCAGGUGUGUGAGCAGGAGGCCGUGGCAAACAUGCUGAGUGUGCAGCUGGAGGAGGAGCUCGGCCGGCGCCGGAUGCAGAGGAGGCUGCGGGGGACGCAUGUGGACCCCCAGGACCGGGCCGGCGGGACUUGGGAGGAAGAGGAGGAGAGGCUGAGGAGUCAGCUGGACGUCAGCUCCUGCGUGGGCCUGCGCCUCCGCUCGGAUUUGGAGGCUAUUAGGGGCCAUUUGGAGCUCAGCCGGCAGAUUUGCGGCACCCGGGAGGAGGAGAUGAGGGAUUUGCUGGACAAAAUGAACUCUUUGGGUCUGGAGGACGCAGAGGGGGGGCCAGAUGAGGCUGGCGGGAUGAGGAUGAGAAUGAUGAUGAUGAUGAGCGAGUGGGUGGAGCAGGCCAGGGGUUUGUCCGAAUGUCACGGAGGGAAGGACGACGACUCGGACACGGGUUUAAGCUCCUUGCACAGCCAGGAGUCUGACAGCACCGCCGUGUGCGAGUCUCUGGUCUGAAAAGAUCAAAACCCCCCACACUUAAAGUUAAAGUACCAAUGAUUGUCACACACACACACACUAGGUGUGGUGAAAUUUGUCCUCUGCAUUUGACCCAUCCCCUUGUUCACCUCCUGGGAGGUGAGGGGAGCAGUGAGCAGCAGCGGUGCCGCGCCCGGGAAUCAUUUUUGGUGAUUUAACCCCCAAUUCCAACCCUUGAUGCUGAGUGCCAAGCAGGGAGGUAAUGGCUCCCAUUUGUAUAGUCUUUGGUAUGACUCGGCCGGGGUUUCAACUCACGACCUACCGAUCUCAGGGCGGACACUCUAACCACUAGGCCACUGAGUAGACUUGACCUUUGGGCAUGGUCACUACAUUAGGUACACCUGCACGAUGGUGCCUUAGUACUUCUUUCAUUGCAUGACAGAAGGAAAAGAUGCUCUGUAAACAUUUUCUCUGCAAAUUCACAGCAAAUGACUGAAUAAUAAUUCACUGUGAUUUUGCAAUGACAAUAAAAUGACAACUAAAUGCAGUAACUUCAAAGUAGUAAUUCUCUCUCUGCUGUACAAGAGUGUGCAACAUUGUCUAUGGCAGGGGUCCUUAAUCUUUUUGAUUUGGGGGCCCAACUUUUGCACUACAGAUCCACUUAAAUAUUAACACGGAAUUAGUCAUCUUACUCUGCGAUGAGGUGGUGACUUGUCCCGGGUGUACCCCGCCUUCCACCCAAAUGCAGCUGAGAUAGGCUCCAGCACCCCCCCACCCCCCAGCGACCUCGAAAGGGACAAGCGGUAGAAAAUGGAUGGAAGGACUUUGGAUUUUAAUCAUAUUAAAUGAUUAUAUCUAGCCUACUUACGGUUUAACAGGAUAAUCAUUUCUUAAAUGAUAUGAACGCAUGUGUUAAUCACAAAGAUUAUCAUCAAGACGUCGGUCAGGCUAUUUAAAAAAUACAUACUAAUCAAAUAUACUGCAAAACAAAGGACUUAUGAAAAAUACUGUACAUACAAUUACACACUGCUAAAAUAAAUACAUUCAAACUAAAUUCAUAAUAAAUAAUAUGUAUGUUUUUUAAAUAAACUGUCAAAAAAUUCAAGUGCAAAUGAAAAUACAGCUUCAUCACUUCAGUCAUAAUUUUUGCGCUUAAGAACCUUCUCUAUGACUUUAGCUCCAGACUUCUUCUGUUUAUUUGAGAUUGCCAUCACUGCCACAAGUGGUGAAAAAGCAUAUUACAACUAAGUAACUAACUAACUAAGCGGCCUAUACGGACCACAGCUUAAAAACACAUCUUUUUUGGCGGCCCUGUAGGGGGCACUCGCCGCCCAACAAUGGCCCUAUGGUAAAUAAACACUGGUCUACGGAACACAUUAAGCGACAAAUCAGUUUGAAUUUACAGUAAUCUGUUGUGGUAUCACAGAGGACUAUGAUCGCAGUAUUUUACUGUGAAAUAAUAGUUAAUUACUAUGAAAUAUAAGGUUAUCGCAAUGUUUAGUCAUUUGUUGUAAUGUUACAGUACAUUUUGACGACAGUAUUUUACUGUGAAAAAAUACUGUUAAAAUCUGUGAAAUCAUUCGUACAUUUUUACAGUUUACCACAUAUAAGAUAUAGACGAACACACAUUUUUAUGAAAGGAGAUUUUACUGUAAGUACUUAUGUCCAGGUGUACCUAAUGAGCUGUCCAGUAAAUCAAUGUGUUAUUUCCAUUCAAAUUACAAAACCUAUUGAUGAAAUUGUUUCCUACAACAGUCUUGAUAUGAUUCCGUUAUAGUAUACUAUAUACUAUAGCUAUACGGUACUUAUGUUAUUGUUUUAUAGAGAUGUAUAACACAUUUACACA